ACUAAACCGAUCACCCCCCAAAAUGCCGUUGCCAAAUCUCCUGCGGAAGGCGAGCAACUACAUUCUGGGUGAGAGUCCCCCGGACCGAAAGAUCCUCUACCAGGACGGUGAAGCGCUCUUCUGCAAGAACAACGUCUGCGUGCACCCACCGAUGCGGCAGCACUGCGACGUGGUGCACCACCCGGGGUACCUGACGAUCACCUGCAGACUCGGCGAGUGCACGGAGGUGCCGAGCCUCCACCUCUCCUGGAUCCCCAACAGCACGUUGAGGAAGCACCCGACGACGCUGGAGAACCUGACGCCCAAGCGCAGUUUUUCGUCGGAGGGAAAUUCCCUGCCCGGCAAGAUCGCCGAGGAGGAGGGCAACUCCGAGCGACUGGACGUCUGCCUGGAGGUGAAGGAGCCCGUCGACUGCAGGGACUGCGAGAGGAUAUGCUCCGGGGGGUGCGUCGAGGGCCUCCAGGGGCAGAAGGUGGGGAACUCCGAGGAGAAGAGCGCGAGCGAGGGCUUGCGGGACGAAAUGAAAAAUCACGAGGACGAGGGGAUCAUCCUGAGCCGAUUGAGGUCGGAGUCCAUUGACUCGGCCUCGCUGGACGGCGGCACUUACGCACAUCUGGCCGCCAUGAAGAGCCGGAGUGUGUCGCUGACCUCCUGCAAUUUGUCCCUGAGCGGCCCCAAUGAUCACGAUUUCCCCACGUGGAUGCGGUCCCCGGAACUGCUCGCUCUGCAGCACAAUCUCACGUUCCCGGAGAGUGCGACGGCCUCGCCCGUCACUGUGAGGAGGGCCCAUGCGUGUCGGAGGUUCUCGGUGGAUCUUGCUCAGAUGAGGUCGCUGAGGCUCUUCUUCGCCGAUCCCGGGUGCACCUGCGGACAGCUGGUCGUCGCCAGCAGGGAGAGUCAGUAUAAGAUUCUGCACUUUCAUCAUGGCGGGCUGGACAGACUCGCCAGCACUCUCCAUCAGUGGCAUCAGCUGCUUUAUCCCAGGCCCCAGGAGGCGCAUGAUACCGAGGGCAGCCUGCCGUAUAGACACUUCAUGGUAUGCAGGCCGGAAGUUGCUCGAGACGAGCUGCACCCCGAAGAGGGUCAGGUUUCCAUGAUCACCUCGCUGGCGUGGAAAGAUUUGUUAAAUGAGAGGGGUCAGGUGGAAGACGAUCUCGCGCUUCGGAAGGGCAUUUUCUUCGGCGGCCUAGAGCCCGCGCUGCGCAAGAUAGUCUGGCCUUUUUUGCUGCACUGCUAUUCCUAUCAAAGUACUCACGAAGACAGGGAGCAAAUCGACGCCAUCAGGAGGCAGGAGUACGAGGAGAUUGAGAGACGGAGGUGCUCCAUGAAUCCUGAGGAGGCGGAGCAUUUCUGGAGAAAUGUCGUUUGCAUCGUGGAGAAGGACGUCGUCAGGACGGAUCGGGCUAAUCCGUACUAUGCGGGGGAGGAUAAUCCCAAUAUUCGUGUGAUGAAGAAUAUCCUCCUAAAUUACGCUGUCUACAACGCUCACUUAGGCUACACCCAAGGAAUGUCGGACCUCCUGGCCCCCCUCCUGGCGGAAUUGAACUCAGAAACCGAUGCAUUCUGGUGUUUCGCUGGUCUCAUGCAGCGCUCGGUGGCAGUCUGCACGCCAACCGACACCGACAUGGACAAGAAUCUGUGCUACCUCCGAGAAUUGAUAAAGCUCAUGGUGCCGGACUUUUACGCCCACCUGGAGAGACACACCGACGCCCUCGAGCUUUUAUUCUGCCACCGGUGGAUCCUACUGUGCCUGAAGAGAGAAUUCCCAACGGAGACGGCUCUCGUCAUGUGGGAAGCCUGCUGGGUCAACUACUUGACCGAUUAUUUUCACUUGUUCCUCUGCUUGGCUAUUAUGUGCAUCUACGCUGACGACGUCAUCGCCCAGGACCUCAGGACCGACGAGAUGCUUCUGCAUUUCAGUUCACUGGCUAUGUACAUGGAUGGCAACGUUAUCCUGAGGAAGGCGAGGGGUUUGCUCUAUCAGUUUAGACAACUGGAUCGCCUGCCCUGCACGGUUGCUGGAUUGUGCCGCCAGUGUGGCCCUGGCAUGUGGGACAGCAGUCACAAUCCUGUUAUUGAGUGUCUCGAUCAUCAGGAAGUCGGUUGCCCCUUUUUGGAGAAGUACCAGGGCCUCAAGUAUUAAUGUUGUGCAGGGAUUAAAAAAUUUAAUAGAAAAACCUAGCGAAUUCGCUAGACUUCAGUCGGAUAUGAAAUAUUUAAUAGCAGAUAUUCAAUAGAAAAGUCACAAGAACUUUUUUUAUUUUGUUAGGUGAAAAUUAGUUUAUAUCCGAGUUAUUUAUACUGUAUUUUCAAUGAAAUUUGUCGUUUGAUUUUGUUGAUGAGAAGAAAAGAAAUAGAAUGGGAAAAAAUGGACAACUUUAGCAGAUUUUCUCAGAGAAAGCGCUAGGUUUAUCUAUUAUCUCUUCAUACGUGUUUCAAUUCCCUGCAAAUCUGAAUCUAGAUUAUUAAUUUCACUCCUAUUCCAUUAAAUUACAACACAACAAUUCGUUAUGUUGACAUUUAGCAACUAAUGCUCCUCCCUUGAGUCUUUAUCAUUAAAAAAAAUCCCUCUUUCACUCCAUCGUUCAUUGAUGCAAACACCCCUCGCUUCGGUUAUCCAAUAAUUUUUUUAAUUGAACCGCGCCUCCCCCAAGGAGAAUUAUUCAAAAAGGUAAGACUGACUGGAAAACCAAAGACCAAAAAGUUAAUAUUAUAGAAGUGCGCGUGAUUGAAGCACAAAUUUUAAAAUGCUCAUUGAAUUCGCCAUAUUGAACAACAAUCUCAAUACUGUGGAGGCUCAAGACUAUCGUCGAUAGUCAAAUUAUCAAUGGAAGUGGGCGAUGAAUGCAGUAAUCGAACAUCCAAGUUACUGAGAUUGAUUUCGUGAUUUAAUUUCAAAUGAAUUCAUAAUCUACAGGAUAAAUAUUUUCAAACGCUUCAGUAUCGAUCACACGUAUGAAAAAAUUUAAUAGAAACAGCGCUUUUUCUAAGAAAUUUCUAUUGAAGAUUAUGCAAUUUUACCCUGAAAUUUUGUUGAGAGAUAUUUCAUAGAAAACAGUCAACAGAUUAUUAUUUUUCCACAGAAAUUCUUAAGCGUUAAUUUUUCAAGUUUAUCCCCCUGUUUUUUAUUUGUUUCCCAUAAUACAAUCCAAGGAAAGAAACUUGAAAAAAUUAUGCCCAGGAAUUGUUAUGAAAAAAAUCACAACAGAGAAGUUAUAGAGAGAAAUCAACACCUAACGAAUUUUUUCUGUACACAAAUAUUUAUUUAAAAACGCAGGGGAAAGUUGUAUGAUUUUUAAUAGACAGAAUUGUCACAAAAACAAAUAGAAAUUUCAUACAAUUUCUUAGAGAAAGGGCUGGGUAUUUCUACCAAAUUUUUUCCCACGGUCAACCACCUCCGCACGCUGAUAGAUCACUUUAUGAUGGAUCCGCUGUUAUUAAUUGGACAUGUUAACGUUUCUGGCAAGAGUAUAUAAAAGAUUAUGAAAAAUUCUGCAACCUUUAUGCGAAAGGCGAAUUAAUCGAGAAUAUCAUCCAGACAAAUGCUUCAUUUCACUCAAAUGAAUGGGUUUUUUUAUGCAUAAAAAAGGGUUCUGUGAUUCAAAUGCUGAUUUUAUUAUUCAGAAAUCGAACUGUUGCCUCGACAUCAAAGAGAACUAAUUUUUUAACAUGUAACAGUUGUUUACUUGGAAUUAAUCAAUUAUUUAUUUAUGAUAACUGAAACAUUUUUGCUGGAAUAAAUAUACGAGUUUAUAAUUUCAAACAGAAAUAUUGACGAAAUUGGAAUUCCAAACAAACAGAGUUUUCUUCGAUUCAAAUGUAUCAUUUAUCUGGGUGUUGAGAAAAAUCAAAGAGCAGUGACACCAAUGCGGAGAACUUAUGCAUGUGCCUGCUCACCGAAAAAAUCAUUAAUGAAUCGUCCAUUAUAUGUCUCUUUCAUCACUAAAUAUCAAAGUCUUUUUCAAUGUGUUUGCCUAUCAUCUUGUGUUCUCGUUGUUCAAUCGUGAAGCUAAGAAAAGUGUAUAUUGUACGAUUUAUCAAUGAAAAGUCAAUGGAAAAUAAAGAAAUAUAAUGUAUAUUAUUGAAUUAUUGCAAA